AUGUCAGACCCACCUGUCAAGCAAGCAUGUGACGCAUGUCGUCGACGUAAAGUCAAGUGCAUUUUCCCAAAACCCUGUGAGCAGUGUCGGGCUGCUGGCCUGGUCUGCCGGACCUCUUCGCUACGACGGAAAAAGGGGCGACAGGGCCAAACAGCCAAUAUUCUCAAUGAGCUUAGAGCAAAAGAAAUUGAGCAGACACUAGUGCAGGAUGCGAAUAUUUCUCCGCCAUCGGCAGCCCUCAGACAUGGAGAUACUGUACCAACGCCCCAGUCACUAUUAGCCUUGGGGAGAUGUCAGUUCUCAAAAAUCCCAGGCCUUCUAAACCGGGACCUUGUCAAUGCCUGUGCGGAAUAUUUUUUCUCGCGUAUGAGAGGAACGGUGCCCAUUUUGCAACCCGGCAGCUUUCAGAAACAGGUGGACCUUACCGACACAUGUCUCCAUGCUUAUUGUUUGGUCACUGCUUUCUGCGCUUUUGUGGUUACUCAAACCGGAUUUGCAGUGGAGCAUUCAUCCUCAGAAUUCUGUCGAGGUUUCUGUACUGAAGAAUACCGAAAUUCUCUAAUUGAGGAAGCCACCGAAGCCCGAAAGCAUAUCGACCCAUUCACGGAUCCUGUACGACAAAGCAUUAUCAUCGCUUUCCUUCUAUACGGGUGUCAUAUUGGAUUGGGAAAUCAACGGCAUGCAUAUUACUUUCUUCGCGAAUCCACGACGCUUUAUACGGCCAGCGCGCUGGAAAGUCAAGCAUCAUCGGCACAGGUGGAUGAGGAUGACCCUUCCUUGGCGGGCAAAUUAUUUUGGCUCUUGGUGGUGUCCGAGAGGGACAGAGCUCAUGCAAUUCGUCGACAUAGACCAAUUACCCUCCAGGUCACCCCCGCAAGCCCUCAAUUGGAAGAUGAUCCGCUCCCAAAUGCGUCAGCUAUUGGCUUUCGGUGUCUGGUGAAUCUUUACCUCCCAUUCGAUGAAGGAUUUUUGAGUCAGUGGAAUGGAACGAGUGCAACAUGCUCGAUCGAGUCGCUAGUUCGCCUUGAGGAGCGCAUCCGAAGUGCUGUCCCGGCGGACCUCGGCCUGCCUGAUAUACUCAUGGCAGACUUGCGUGUGUCUCAGCAAUGGCUGCGUAUCAUGAUAUGGCAGCUAUCUAUGACUGCUGGGUUUCUUUCGACAAAGCCUACUCAUGAAUGCAUGGAUUUUCGCUAUCCUCUUCUAAUUGCUCAAGACCUCUGUUUCGCAACAUGGAAAUUAUCCAAGCAGGGUAUGGAAACCCAUGGAAUUGGUCUCAUUGAAAAAAUAUUUGAGGUGGCGUGCACCUUAAUUGAUGUUAUGACAUGUCUCUCGGCGGCUGGGCUCCGUUCUUCGGGCUUUAAGCUCGGCCCGCAGGAUUAUCUCAAGCAUUUUUUCUCUCUCAUCCACGACCUUCCUGGGGGACGCCGAAGGUUUCUUCCACUGCUGCUUACCAAAAUAGGGCAAACUCUGCCUUCCAUGGUAGACCCUAUCACCGUUCAUCUAAACCUCCAACCUGGUCCCAUUGUUCCGAGUUCUGUCAGUGAAGAAUCAAUAUCCGCCAUUCCUCAAAAUGAGAGCUCAAUUGAACAGGCUUCCCCUGAAUUGCUUUCCGAUUCUGCGUCUGUAGAUUGGAUGAACGGUAACUUCAAUUAUGCGGAGAUGAGCCGCAUCGGUGCUAAAACACCAGAAAUUGAUGAGGCAUUUCUCCAAUACUCUAGUUACUUUCCCUGA